AUGGCAAAGCAUUCAGUCAAUCAAUUCUCUGUGACGUCGUUUUUGGCGAGUUUAGUCCACACCAGAAGUCAGAAAGUCAAAUUUUAUAGUGGUGACUAAAGGAGUCAGUAGCGUGGAUGUGGUUCUUCUCAACGUCCUUAUCACGUUACAGUAAAAUACUCUUAAUUUUUCCACUGUUAAGUUACCUUUUAAUGUGGUUUUGUUUAAAAGCGAGAUAAUUUGAUUUAAAGGACUUGUUGGCUCUUCUGUGGGUUUUUUUUUCUUUCUUUCUGAGGCUCCUGAGUGUCCGGCGGCUAACAUGAAUUAAGAUGCUAAACGUUAGCGACUGAGGGGCGACGGUGUGUUUAUUUGACCGGCGUCAUGCUUGCUGUGGUGACUGUGUGUGGAAUAAGCAGCCGGGUCCAGGUGUCAUCAGGGAGAACCGCUCCUGCUGCUUCUUCUUCUCCUUCUCCUGCUGCUGCUGCUGCGGCUACUGUGGACGACUGGAGGAGCGCGGCGCCCGUUUGAACACCGCUGGGAUUUGACAGAGCAGGAGUUUGGGAUGUCCGACAAACCCUAAAGAGACAUUAACCCAGUUAGUUUAGCCUGGAUUCAACAAGGGCUGCCCCGCAGCCAUGGCCUCUGAGGUGGUGUGUGGGCUGAUCUUCAGGUUACUGCUGCCCGUGUGUCUCGCAGCUGCUUGCCUGUUCAGGUACAACGCCCUGUCCUUCGUCUAUCUCGUCUAUCUGCUGCUUAUUCCACUGUUCGCUGAGCCCACGAGCACGUCAAUGCAGGGCCACACAGGGCGUCUGCUGCAGUCCCUGUGUUUCACCAGUAUGUCUUUCCUGCUGCUGCACAUCGUUUAUCAGAUUACAGUCAACAGCCUCCUGGCCGGGAACUCCAUCAGCCCAGACUUCAACUGUUCAACAUGGGAGAAAUCUAUACGACAAAUUGGGUUUGAGAGCGUGAUUGGUGCAGACGCAGGAAAUGGCAUCCGAGUGUUCAUCCCUGACAUCGGCAUGUUUAUGGUUGGCUUAGCCAUUUGGCUGCUGUGUCGCAGUCUGGUCCAGAAGAGGCCGCCUGAGGACAUGGCACAGUACAACGCCGACUUUGACGCAGAGGAACAAGAGGAAGAGGAGAAGCUUAGCCUGGACGACAACAUCCUGCUGGAGGAGGACCUUGAAGCAGGGUACGAGGCCGGGGAGGAUGAGGAGGAUGAGGAGCUGAUCGGAGAGGAAGGAGUUGAGGCGGAGGAGGAGGAAGAAGAGGAAGAGAAAGAAAGUGCCAAGAUGAAGGUUCUCCGCAUUGUGGCGGAGGUUGCUUCAAAGGGGAAGGAGAUCAUUGGGAAUUUGAUCACCACUGCAGGAAAGGUGGUGGUCACCAUCUUGUUGGGCAUGACAGGUGUCAUGCUGCCGUCAAUGACCUCAGCUGUGUACUUCUUCAUCUUCCUCUUCCUCUGCACCUGGUGGUCACUCUGUCGGACCUUUGACACGCUCAUCUUCAGCUGCAUGUGCGUCCUGAUGGCCAUCUACAGCGCUGGCCACCUCAUUGUGCUCUACCUCUAUCAGUUCCAGUUCUUCCAGGAGUCCAUUCCACCGGGCGACAGUUACAUCAGUGUGUUUGGCAUCUCCCCCAUUGUUCAGAGCAACUGCUCCUACACCUGGAUGCUCAUAGUUCACCCGGACAGAAAGUGGUACCACUUUGUGAAUCCCAUCAUGCUCCUGCUCCUCUACUACACCCUGGCUACGCUCAUCCGCCUGUGGCUGCAGGAGCCCAUCGAACAGCUGAUGGAUGACAAGGACAGUGACGUGUGUGAGGAGGAGGAUCUGGUCGGAAACAGAAUAAGUUACUCUGCCAACAGGAAGAGGCAGCGGUGGUGGGAAUCACGCCAGCGCACUGAUGAGAAAAACCUCCUCUCCACCCAGGAUGGCAUCAGUACUACUGAGGGACUGCCCACUUCAAAUGGGACGUCUUUCGAGUUUGUCACAACGGAGAAUGGACCAGUCUGCCUGGAUUUGUACUCCACCCCCCAGUAUAAAAUGGACAUGCCCAGUAAUGGUCCAGAGAAGAAGGAAGAAAGUGUGUACGAAGUGUGUUUACCUUCGGAGGAUUCGCCGCAGGACGGAGAGGAGGAGAAAUCUGAGGAGAGCGACGACGGGAUAAAACAGAAGGGAGUCAGCGCCAUGGUCAAAGCCUUCCACUUCGUCAUGAAGCAGAGCUACAUCUGCGCUCUCAUUGCCAUGAUGGCCUGGAGCAUCACGUAUGUCAGCUGGUUAACGUUUGCCUUCCUCAUCUGGUCCUGCAUUCUGUGGAUGGUGAGGGACCGGAGACGUUACGCCAUGUUGUCCUCUCCCUUCAUGGUGGCCUACGGCAACCUGCUGAUUGUUCUGCAGUACAUUUGGAGUUUUGAGGACAUGGGCGAGGUCCCAGGGUUCUUUGUCAAGAAGAGGAACCCAUUCCACUCCCUGUCCUCUAAGGUCUUGUGUCUGCUGAGCUUCUGGCUGCUGCUGCGACAAACGCUCACAGAGCGAUGGGAAAAACAAAAGGAAGAUAGCGCUGGUCUGUCAGACAUCCAUGUGGAGGAUCAGGAGAAAAAAGAGGAGGAGGAGGAGACUGAGGACCGAGGGGAGCAGGACAUCAUGCAGGUCCUGGGCAGCAUGGUCAUGGCCCUGCUGGUCAAAUACUGGAUCUACAUCUGCGGCGGCAUGUUUUUCUUUGUCAGCUUUGAGGGAACCAUUGUCAUGUACAAGAUCAUCUACAUGAUGAUGUUCCUCUCCUGUGUGGCACUUUACCAGGUGCACUACGAGUGGUGGCGCAGGAUGCUGAAGUACUUCUGGAUGUCGGUGGUCAUGUACACCAUGCUGGUGCUCACACUGGUCUACACCUUCCAGUUCAAAGGCUCGGUGGAUUUCUGGUCUAACAUGCUGGGCAUGAACAAGCAGGGCCUGAAGGACCUGGGACUGGAGCAGUUUACUGUGUCCCAGCUUUUCACCAGGAUCUUCAUCCCCACCUCUUUCCUGCUGGUGUGUAUUCUCCACCUGCACUACUUCCAUGACCGCUUUCUGCAGCUCACCGACCUGCAGGCUGUCGUGGCUAAAGAGCAGAGCACGAUUUACAGACUGGUCCAUCCAGACGGAAGCCUAGCAGACCUCACCAUGCUCAGCGCAAGCUCAGUGGACGCAGCGGUGUCCAGAGAGCAGGAGCCCGAGCCGACGGAGAACCAGAAAGAGCAGGGAGAUUGGGAAGCGGAGAAGAAUCAGGCUCUGGUUGUGGUGAUGGAUGAUGUGGACAUGAUUGGCCACAAGUCCAAGAGCCUGUCCGACCUGCGGCAGUCCAGUGGGGAAGAGAGUCACCACUGCAGUGCAGGGACGGAGCCAGAGCCGAGCACGGAGCAGAGCUCAGAUCUGAAGAACAAGUGGCACCUGGUUGUCGACCGUCUGACUGUGCUCUUCCUCAAGUUCCUUGAGUAUUUCCACAAACUCCAGCUGUUUAUCUGGUGGCUCCUGGAGAUCCACAUCAUCAAGAUCGUGGCCUGCUACAUCGUCCUAGUCUCAGUCAAGGAGGUGUCUCUGUUCAACUUUGUUUUCUUGGCGUCCUGGGCUUUUGCACUGCCCUACGGCCAGUAUCGGCCGAUUGCCUCCAGUGUUUGCACUGUGUGGACGUGUGUCAUCAUCAUAUGUAAAAUGUUGUACCAGCUGAAGUCCAUCAAUCCCCCUUCGUAUUCCACCAACUGUUCAGCGACUUUAGAACAAUACGCAGAUGACCAGAAGAAGGAGAUGGAAGCAACUCCGUUGUACGUCAGCCUUGUGGAUCCAGCUAACUGGGUGGGCUUGGACAAGUCUGUGGACCUGCUGGGCUACCUCAGGAACAACCUCUUGAUGUUGGCCAUCUUAGCGUUCGAAGUGACAAUCUACCGCCAUCAGGAGUACUUCAGACUGAGGAACAAGCUGUCGCCUCCCGCUGCUCGCAUCAUCUUCCAUGACAUCACUCGGCAGCACCUUGACAUCGGCAUAAUCAGCUUCAUCAAAUACUUCAUCAACUACUUUUUCUACAAGUUUGGUCUCGAGACGUGUCUUCUCUUAGUAGUUAAUGUCAUUGGACAGCGGAUGGACUUCUAUGCCAUGCUUCAUGCUCUGGCCUUGAUAGUCGUCAUGUACAGACGGAGGAGGAAAGCCAUCGCUGAGAUCUGGCCCAAGUACUGCUGUUUUCUGGCCUGUAUGCUUACCUUCCAGUACUUUGUCUGUAUUGGGAUUCCUCCUGCAGCCUGUAAAGAAUAUCCCUGGAGGUUUCCCAGCUCUUUUACCGACUCCAAUGUGGUCAAGUGGCUUUAUCUCCCAGACUUCCACACCAGGCCCAGUCCAUCCUUUCUCAUAUAUGACUUCAUGUUGCUGCUGUGCGCCUCUCUUCAGAGGCAGGUCUUUGAAGACGAGAACAAAGCUGCAGUUCGCAUCAUGGCUGGUGACAACGUGGAGAUCUGCAGGGACCUGGACGCGGCCUCCUUCAGUGUACACAACCCUGUCCCUGACUUCAUCCACUGCAGGUCUUACCUGGACAUGUUGAAGGUCAUCAUGUUCAGCUACCUUUUCUGGUUUGUCCUCACCAUCAUCUUCAUCACGGGAACCACGCGCAUCAGUGUCUUCUGCAUGGGCUACCUGGUCGCCUGCUUCUACUUCCUGCUCUUUGGUGGCGACCUGUUGCUGAAACCAAUCAAGAAAAUCCUGCACUACUGGGACUUCCUGAUCGCCUACAACAUCUUUGUCAUCACCAUGAAGAACAUUUUGUCUAUCCUGGCCUGUGGCUACAUCAACUCCCUCAUCGAGAAACAGUGCUGGUUAAUCCAGCUGCUCAGUUUGGCCUGUACUAUCAAAGAAUAUGACAUCAAUACCAACCAGGAUCAAUUGCCCGCGGACCAGCAUUGUGACCUGCCCAGUGAUGAGGCGGGGAUAAUCUGGGACAGCAUCUGCUUCGCCUUCCUGCUGCUGCAGAGAAGAGUCUUCAUGAGCUACUACUUCCUCCACGUCGUGGCUGACAUCAGAGCGUCACAGAUCCUGGCGUCCAGAGGAGCAGAGCUUUUCCAGGCCACGAUAGUGAAGGCGGUGAGAGCCAGACUGGAGGAGGAACGAAAAUCUGUGGAGCAGCUGAAAAGACAGAUGGAGCGCAUUAAAGUGAGGCAACAAAAAUUCAAGAGGGGCAAGGAGAAGAUGCUCAGCAUGGCGCAGGAGUCUGGUGAUGGACAGAUGCUGGUGCAGCCGGACGACGACGACGAUGACGGAGCACAACGAACGAAACCCAAGACCAAAAAAAAGCAGUGGUGGAGGCCGUGGGUUGACCAUGCUUCCAUGGUUAGAAGUGGGGACUAUUACUUGUUUGAAACUGACAGUGAGGAAGAGGAGGAGGAGGAGGACAAAAAAGAAGAGGAGCCGCCACGGAAGUCGGCAUUUCAGCGAGCUAUUGGGAAGUUUGUGUCUGCGGUGUUGGCUUUGCCCAGGUCUAUCAUAAAACUGCCUAAAACUAUUCUACAGUAUGUAAUGAAGGCCGGCAAGUUUCUUUACCAUGCCUGGAUCACGGACCCCAAAGCUGCGCUGAAAGCACGAGGCAAAGAGAAACGCAAAUUCUGGAGGAGAUACACGAGAGGAGUGAGACAGAGGAAAAAUAAGAAAGAAGCAGGUCAUGUGACCAUAGAGUUGGGGGAGUUGUCUGAUGGACAAGAGAAGGGAGACGACGACAAGGAUGAGAGUGGUCCAGACAACAUCAUCAAACGAGUGUUUAACAUCAUCAAGUUCACCUGGGUGCUGUUCCAGACGACAGUCGACAGUUUCACCAAGUGGAUGAAUGAGAUGUGCCGGGAGUACGUGGACAUCUCUACAGUGCUGCGUAUCGAGCGCUGCAUGUUGACGAGGGAGGUCAAAAAGGGUAACGUGCCGUCCAGGGAGAGUAUCCAUGUUUACUACCAGAAGGCCAUGAGGCUCAACAUGUCCAGACAGGCCAGCAUGGAUCAGCUGAGUGAGGACGAAUCCUACUGUGGUUCUAGCAGAGUCCGGAGAAGACGAGCCGGCUUCCGUAUGGAGAGCCAGGACUCCACCGCAUCCAGAGACAGCAUGUCCAGUGCUGUCACUGAGGCCACCACACUGUUUUCUCGCCAGUCCACACUGGAAGACCUCGACGGAAUGUCAGAGAACAUUCCCAAAACCAGUGAGCGUGCCAGGCCUAAGCUGCGUAAGAUGUACAGCCUAGACAUGUCCAAUUCCUCUGCGGAGAGUGGCAGCAGCGUCAUUUCCAGUGAAGCGACCCAGUGCAUCACUCUCUACUCCAGACAAGGCACCACAGAAACCAUAGAAGAGGUGGAGGACGAGCAGGAUCAGGUUGAGGACAAGCAUCGGGUUCUGUGGGAAUCCCAAGAGCUGGAAGACAGCGAGGAGCCUGAGGCCAGUCUGUGGAGUGAAUCUAGGAAGACUGGGGAGGAGGAGGAGGAGGAGGAGGAGGAACAGGAGGAGGUGGAAGAGGAGGCAGAAGUGAAGGGUGGUGAUAGGGAGAUGGAAGACGUUGUGGAGGAAUUUGAGAUACCAAGGAGCCCAGAGAGGGAAGAGGAUCCCUGGGAGUCGUCUGGCCCAGACGAGGGCACAUCCCAGAGGCAGGAGGAGACAGAGUAUGUCCCCUCGGAGCAGGACAAAGACUUGAUAAUCAGUGACAGUGAGGAUGGAGCCGUUGGAGGACAGCGGGACUUCAUGCAGACAGAGGGGCGGGCGGGGCUGCUCUACACCCCUGACACUGAUGCUUCCAAAACAUCUGACGCUGAAGUGCCUCCCAGCUACAGCAAGGCGGUGAGUUUUGACCGUCUGGAGGUAAGCGAUGACGAAAGCGACAAUGACCGGAAGAGAAGGAUGAUCAUGACCUCAGACAGCCACUCAGACAGCAGGUCGGACAUCGUGCUGCCCUCCAUGACCACUGAGCUGACCGCAAGUGACCUUCUGCUCAACAAAAUGUUCUACGAUGAGGAGCUGGAGCAGUCAGAUAAGUUCUACCUUGGCCAGCCUCUGAUCCUGCAGCUGUGCUACGCCCUCUACAACAUGCUGGUGGCCCACUCAGAGAUGGUGUGCUACCUGGUCAUCAUCAUCAACCACAUGGUGUCCGCAUCUUGUGCCACACUGGUUCUUCCCAUCACCAUCUUCCUGUGGGCCAUGCUGUCUGUGCCGCGGCCCAGUAAGAGAUACUGGAUGACAGCCAUCGUCUACACCGAGGUCACCAUUGUGGUCAAGUACUUCUUCCAGUUUGGCUUCUUUCCUUUCAACCAAAGCAAAAUUGACAAGAGCAAACCGUACCAUCCUCCCAACAUCAUUGGUGUGGAGAAGAAGGACGGAUACGUCCACUACGAUUUGGUCCAGUUACUGGCUCUGUUCUUCCACAGAUCCAUUCUGAAGUGCCACGGUCUCUGGGAUGAAGACGACCCCAAAGAGAAGAAAGAACCUGUGCAUCACAGUGAGUCAGAAGACGAGGAAAACGACCAGGAGGAGAGUGGGAGGGAGUCAGAACCCGCCUCCUCGCUCCUCAGUGAGAGGAGAGGCUCCAAUCAAACCCUGAGGUCCAACAACUUUGGCACCUCCAUAGAUUCAGGACAAAUUCUGGUCCAUCAGCCUCAACAGCAGACAUACCAGCGUCGGAGGAGCUCUAGCGGUGCCUCGCACAUCUCCUCCCACAAAUCACUUCACUCCUCAGCAAGAUCAAAAAGAGGAAGUACCGGCUCACACAACAGCAGCCGCAGAGAUGGCAGUGAAGCCAGUGUCCACCUGAAGACCCGCAAACAGAUGAUCAUGGUGAAGCUGAGGGAGCAGCUGUACAAAGGAAAAGCACUUGUCAUUAAAAUAUUCAUGGAGAUCUACAUUCCCAUCAGGCAGUUCUUCUACAACCUCAUCCAUCCAGAGUACAGUGCUGUCACAGACGUGUACGUUCUGAUGUUCCUGGCCGACACCGUCGACUUCAUCAUCAUUGUGUUUGGAUUCUGGGCCUUUGGUAAACACUCAGCAGCAGACAUCACCUCCUCUCUGUCAGAGGAUCAGGUGCCUGGACCGUUCUUGGUCAUGGUUCUCAUCCAGUUUGGGACCAUGGUGGUGGACCGGGCCCUCUACCUCAGGAAGUCUGUCAUGGGGAAGGUCAUUUUCCAGGUCAUCCUGGUCUUUGGAAUCCACUUCUGGAUGUUCUUCAUUCUGCCAGGAGUCACACAGAAGCGUUUCAUCGAGAACAGAGUGGCUCAGAUGUGGUAUUUUGUGAAGUGCAUCUACUUCGGACUGUCGGCCUAUCAGAUCCGCUGUGGUUAUCCCACCCGUGUUCUGGGGAACUUCCUCACCAAGAGCUACAAUUAUGUCAACCUCUUCCUGUUCCAGGGUUUCCGUCUGGUGCCGUUCUUGACAGAACUGCGUGCCGUGAUGGACUGGGUUUGGACGGACACUUCGCUGUCUCUGUCCAGCUGGAUCUGUGUGGAGGACAUCUACGCUCACAUCUUCAUCCUGAAAUGCUGGAGGGAGUCUGAGAAGAGGUAUCCUCAGCCACGAGGCCAGAAGAAGAAAAAGGUGGUGAAGUACGGGAUGGGAGGCAUCAUCGUGGUGCUGCUGAUCUGCAUCGUCUGGUUCCCGCUGCUUUUCAUGUCGCUAGUAAAAUCUGUGGCUGGAGUUGUUACCCCGCCGCUGGAUGUUUCGUUUGAAAUCACGCUGGCGGGCUUUCAGCCAAUCUUCACGAUGAGCGCUCAACAGAAACAACUGCAGACCAUAACGACACCAGAAUACAAAAAAUUUAACAAUAAAUAUUUUGGUAACGAUGACGCCAUGCAGUGGCUGGAGGGCUACAUGGCAGAAGAUCUGAUCAUCGCUGAGCUUAAAGGAAGUUCCAACUCACUGUGGACCAUCAGUCCACCCAGCAGAACCAACCUGAUAGAAAUGUUGAGCUCUGCCGAGGACUUUCCCAUCACUGUGGCCUGGUCUGUGCAGAGAAACCUCAGCCGCGGUGCCAAAGCUGAAACAGCGUCUGGAAAACGUGUGACGCCACUCGACCAGAGCACAAAGCUGGACUUGAUAACUCUCCUGAACGGGACAGGAAGCAGAUCGCAAGUGACCCUCACCAACAUCUUUCCACGUUAUAUACGAGCUCCCAGUGACUCCGAUGCGAAACCUGUAGACCCGCUGUACAAGGAUGAGAAGAUGAUGGACAUCAAUCUGACUCUGAUGAGAGCUCAGAACAUCUCGGAGCAUAUCCAGGAAUGGUGGAUCGUCAACCAGACAGAGCUCGGUCCUAUUGAGAAGAGAAGUCCCAAGUACAAGUACGAGGCCGGGCUGGAGGUGUACGUUUUUAGUGACCAAGUCAGUCCACCGAGUUUGGGUUUCCUGGCUGGAUACGGUAUCAUGGGACUGUACGCCUCUGUGGUGCUGGUCAUCGGCAAGUUUGUGCGCGAGUUCUUCAGCGGUAUUUCUCACACCAUCAUGUUUGAAGAGCUCCCCAACGUGGACCGCAUCCUCAAGCUGUGCACUGACAUCUUUCUUGUACGAGAGACAGGCGAGCUGGACCUGGAGGAGGACAUGUACGCCAAACUCAUCUUCCUGUACCGCUCGCCAGAAACAAUGAUCAAGUGGACCCGUGAGAAAACACAGUGAGACCAGAUGUCAGUUCGUAAAUGCCUGUACGCAGACACUGGGCUGCUGCUCUGCUGGUGCGAGUCGCAAUUUUAGCCCAUUUACCAGCCCAGGGAGCGCAAGCAGCUGAGGACAAACUCUGUCUUCCUCCUAGUCUGAGGUCUGAUGGCAGUGUCAUUAACCGGUGUGUUUUUUAACAGUUAACUGAAUUAAAGACAGUCAGAAGUUGCAGACCUACUAUUCAAAUGAUAACAGAUUUGCUGGUGCUGUAUUAAUCGUACAAAAACUCAAUCAGUUUUGCAUCCAGCGCGUAGUAGCAGCAGCUGAUGGUCAGCUGGUGAGGACACUAACACAUUUUCCUAACUUCCUAACAAAGAGAUCUUAUGGCUAAUAUAACUGUAGAUUUUUUUUAACCGGCCUUCCUGCUCUUCACACCUGUCCUCCUACAUCUUCACUGCAGGCGGACAGAAGCUCAGACUGACUGAAAUGUUCCACUUUUAAGGGCUUCCCACCGAGAAUAGGUGCACAAUAACGACCACAUGAGCACAAUCGCACAUAUUCUUCAACUGGAACACGUCAGUCGUCAGUGGGACUGUGCAAUACUGAGCUCUUUUCUCCCGACUUUUCCCGAGGCACAUGGACCUAAAAAAAAGAAAGAUUUUUUUAAGCACACACGAAACACAAAUAAAUCCCACUUUUUUUUAAAUCACGGAGGCCACGCUGAGCCUCUGCAGAGACAACAAAGACAAUCUUUACUUGUCUUAUUUUGUUUGUAUGAAACGAACUGAAACUCUUAUGAAGUACAUAUCUCAGGAAGAGCUGUUUUCACAGAUAUGGUAUGUGUUGUAUGUUAAAACAUGUAUAGGCUUUGAUGGAUCUAACUGAAUACAAGGUAGGAAGGAAUUAUUUAAAAUGGCAUGAAAUUUAAUGUGGAUAUUGUUCAGACGGACUGAUAAUGUUUACCGCAUAGGCUGUUCCUCAGAGACAGAGCUACAUUGCCAAUCAUCCAUGUUCUGCAUAGUCUCCAGGUAGGUUAGAGGGGAAGCUCAGCCGAGCUGUUAGUCAAUCAGGGUCAUGAGCUUUUGGUGGGUGGACAUCACUGGUGAACUUCUCACUGGUAACAAUCUGUGGUUUCCCACUCAUGGCUAUUGAGCAGUGUGACGUCUUCAUGAAUGAAUGAAGGGCUGGGACACCAAGCCCUUUUGCCCCAACUAUGCAUUAUUGAACACUGUAGCAUGAAGAAAAACUUUCAUUACGUAUACAUUCAAAUUUAAGAGGGGCAGGACAUGGAGGAAUGAAAUGUGAAAAUGUAUGUUUAAGAAUUGUGGUGUUAAAGAGGAGCGGAGAUGUGAAAAUAAAGACCGGUGUGGCGCCUUAACUGUUUUGAUGAUUUUUUAAUUUUUUUAAAAAUAAAAACCACUCAUCAUAUCAUUAUUUAUUUGCACCACCACUUAAGUUAAAAACAGUAUCCACACCCAUAAUACCUGUUACUUUUUUUCAUUUUUAAUUCAUGGAUGAAUGUGUCAUGAUCUGCUGCAUGCCAAUGUGCCCCUGAAUAAAGCAUUUUUCCCACAUUGAUUAUCAUACCUCAGCCAAUAAAGACCAAGAUUGACAUUGUAACAACAGACCUUAAAGUAAAUGGGUGUAUUUUAAUUACAAAGAAAUGUAAAAGUCUGUCGAAUUAAAUCUGUGUUGUAAUUUAAA